CUGAUUGCUUCGCGACUAAAUGUUGUUUUGGCACAAAACUCAACGUCUCAGCCGCGUAGCUCUGUUCCAAAUCUUCACUGCCCAUCUGGAUUUCACUGUUUUAACAACACAGUUAGAACGGUUACCAUUGAAUGGGGACAUAAUGGACACAUAUGUGACGGACAGUUUGAAGAAGAAUGUUAUGGUGAAAAAGAUCCUUUUGGGUUCGUCAGGGGUCCCAGACAGCAACCUCAAACUGUUGUACAGGGGGAUAAAGUGAUAUUUAAACCCAGUGAAAUGAUUACUUUUAGAGUGCGAAAUGUUACAAAAAACGCUUAUGACAACUGCAUCUUGAACACUGGUCAGUUAGUCAAUAAUGCAACUUCCACCUCAUUUGAAGUUUCAUCAAAGUUUUUAAACCCGGUGGGAGUCAAGUAUUUCAUUGAUGACAAUCCCUCACUUUUCAGUUGUAAUUUUGGCAUAAAACUGGAAAUAUAUGUGCGCAGCCGUCAGCAACCAUACUGCAUCAACUCAGCAAUGCCUCAAUCAGGUGUCUGUAGUGGUAUGGGACUUUGUGCCAGUAAUGCGAGUAAGUUUUUUACACGGAACUAUACAUGCUUGUGUCCCAAUUCAUAUCUAGGAAAUUAUUGUGAAGAACUUGACAGCUGUCACUCAAGCAGAAACCCCUGUAAGAAUGGUGCGACUUGUAGAGACAUUACAGAUGGUCUUGCUGAUAGUUUUAAUUGUACUUGCCUGCCUGGAUAUACUGGGAAUCUAUGUGACACAAAUAUCAAUGAAUGUGCUUCACAACCCUGUCAAAAUAAGGGAUUCUGUGUAGAUUACAUUAAUCGUUAUACAUGUUUGUGUGAGCCAGAUACUGAAGGAGUCAACUGUGAAACUGUUAUUUUUAACAUGUGCUCAUUACAACCAUGUAAAAAUGGUGGAACAUGUCAAAGGUCAGGAGAAAAAAGACAAAACUAUACGUGCACAUGUCCACCAAGUUUCACUGGGCGAAACUGCACUGUAAACAUUACAUCCUCUUCAAUUCCGUUUUCCUCAAUGACACCAUUUCAAACAAGUAUGCUACUGUCAACAACCCUGGUAGUGAAUUCCAGCUCAGUUAUACAAGAUGUUUCUUCUUCAUUUAGUGUUACAUCUACGGUAUUGACAUCUUCGCUAGUAUAUCAUUCAUUAACCCAAACAAUAGCAAGCACACCAGAGUUGGCCACAUCAACUCCAUUGCAGUCACGCAAAACUUCUUCAGCAUCUCUGUCUUCACAGCAGUCACUUUUACCAACAUUCAAUACAAGUGUUUUAUCAGUGUCAACAUCACCAGUGGAACUCUCAUCUACCUCUCUAACAAAAUUCAGUUCUUCAUCGACAAUCAAUACAAGUCAUUUAUCAGCGUCAACAUCACCAGUAGAAGCCUUAUCUAGCUCGCUAAUAAAAUUCAGUUCCUCAUUGGCCAUCAAUACAAGUCUUUUAUCAGCGUCAACAUCACCAGUAGAAGCCUCAUCUAGUUCACUAACAAAAUUCAGUUCUUUAGUGAAAGUGGUCUCAUCAUCAGCUACCCCAUUUUCCUCUUCUCCACUUGUUCCAUCAUCAACACAGGUAGUUUUUCAAAGUUCUUCUGCAUCAGCUUCCCAAAAUAGAAGUUUAAAUGUGGUUUUUGGGACAACUUCAGUCUUGUUUAGUUUAUCAUCAUCAGCAAGUUCAAUAAUCAAGUUAUCUUCAUUAUCUCAAGCAAUAAGUCCCAGCUUAGCAACAUCAAUCUAUUCAUCAGUUACACCUGCAUCAUCACCAGCUGUAACGUCAACUGUCAUCCAAUCAUCCAGUAUAUUAUUUUCAAGGCUACCAUUUUCUUCUGCAGUUAUCACCUCAUCUAAGAUUUCAACUGGUACUUUGCCAACAUUCCUCGCCUCAUCAGCCACUGUUUUAAGCAAAUCUACUUCUUCAAUCACAACCACUGUGCCAUUAUCGACCACUGUGUUUUAUACUUCAACUAUGACACUCUCUCCUUCAAGAAGUACAGUUAUUGUUUUGUCUUCUGUGUGGCCGACAUCAUCACCUUCCCCAACCUUAACACCCUUAAGUAACCAAACCUGCCUUCACAAUCCCUGUAUAAACAAUGGCACAUGUUAUGAUGAACCAUACUCAAGAUAUAAAUUCCGCUGUGAAUGUCCUUACCCCACCGUUGGACCAAGAUGCUUUAGUAUACAAGGUUAGUAGAGUAUAUAAGUUCCACUGACAGCAUUCACAUAGUAUGCUUCCCCAGUUUGGAAGUUGGUAGACUUCAACUUUGGCGUAAGAAAUAAUUUAUUUCAGACAAAAUUUUCUUGUCCAGGAACAUUUAACAGGUAAUAACAUAUUUUUAAACCCUUUUUUGGAGAUCAAGGUGGAAUGUUGCGCAUAAGAUCAUAUAUAUAAAUGCUAUUUUGCACCUUAUAAAUGAUAAAUUAUUAUUAUUAUUAUUAUGUUAAUAAAAUUAAAGAGAAAUAAAAUAAUGGUCCAUAACAUUAGUAAACCCUGUCUAAGUUUAAAAUUUUACCCUGAGUCAAUAACGCUUACCUGCCUUUGACGACUUUGUGUACCCUGGUAGCUUUUUUGUUCUUUGUGCAUUCACACCUUUCAAAUGUUUCUACAGUGUAUGAGGGACUUAACAGUUUCACAAGUCAUGAAUUUCAUAAAUUCUGUUUUUUAAAUUUUUUUCAGAGACUGGUGAUCUUCACUUUCCAGGCUUCAGACAGGGUUCGUUCUUGGAACACAAGAGCAUCUCAUUUAAUAACGAACUAAACACCAUAGAUGUUACAUUUCAGACAAAUGCUACUGAGGGGCUUAUACUUUUUGCUGCCGAUCACAAAGAACGUGGAGAUUUUAUUCAAUUGAGUGUUGUUGGUGGUAAACUGGAAUUCCGAUUUGACCCUGGAGACAGCUUGGUGUUUAUCAGGAGUGAUCAAAAUGUUAACACUGGAGAGACCAUCACAGCGACAGCCACGUAUGUGUAACAUUAUGAAUAUAUUGUACUUAAUUCACGGCCUUACUGCUCCUUAGUUAUCUUUUAAAUAAUUAUGAUACCAUAAUAGUCAACAGUUUAGCUUUGUUUUCAAAGUUGGUGUAAUGGCCAAGUUUUUCCUGUGAGAUAGCUGCAUGAAAAGUGCCCACACUCUUGGUGCAUAAAAAGUGUAAGUGAAGAAUGAGCCCAUUAUAUACAGCCACUGACCAACCAUUUGUUUAAUUAACUUCACCUGGCGUAAUUAAAUAAGCUUCAUGUUUGGUCCAUGGCUGUAUGUAAUGGUUUCAUUCUUCUCUUUCAUAUUCAUGCACUGAGAAUGCGGGUAGUUUUCAUCCAGCCAUCUAAAAGUUUUAAGACCAAAUCUAUUACGUAAAUGUGCCAAAAAAAAUACCAUUUGAGCUUUUCCACGAAAACAUGAUAUAUCUUCCCAUGUGAAAAGGUUGCGGUUGCUAUGGUGAUGCAAUAAAUUUUACCUUAAGCUACAAAACAUUUUAAUAUAAAAAAUGGUUCGGUGGUUUGGCAUUUAAUAUUAUAUUUACAUGUACAUGACCACCUGGAGAUACAAAAUUUCUCUUCUCAUGUUGUAAAGUAUUCAACUUGUUUGAUGCCCUAACUCAUUAAUUUUUUUUUUAACUCUUGAAGAGAAACUCCACAUGUCCAUGGUGUCUUUCUCACACAAGAACAGAUUUUUCUCACCAUUUAUUCAUGCCUAGUUGGUCUGUCUUUGGUUGAUAAUUCUCUAAAUAACUAUCAAAUGCUAUUUUGUUCUUGAUGUAGCUAUGUAACAACAGCAGAUCCCCCAUUUGGAACACUUCAAAUUGGUAAUGGAGCACAGCUGAAAGGUGAAGUUAAAGGGAAGUUAAAAGGAAUACAGUUGUAUGACAGCUGGUAUGUAGGAGGUGUUCCUCUUGGAUUCAGUAUGCUUAAUAAAACAAAGGGUAAUGCUGCUCCAGUGCCAUCAUUUGUGGGAGCUAUCAAAGAUGUACAAGUUAAUAAAGAGGCAAUUAAUUUAGCAGGUAGGUCAAUUGAUGUAUUAAAGGUCAUGGUUCAAUAAUUUAUUUGUCCUUUGUUGUUUUUAUCCUGGGCAUUGUUGGGGAAAAAAUAUAUUCCUGAAUGCCAACAAUUUGUUGAAAGUAACGCAGAACUUUCGGAACCCAUCGAGAUCCCUUCAUCACUGAUGAUGCUUGCUGUUAUUCAUUUUGAUGAGGCUGCAAAAUUGUUCCAUAAAUUGGGGGAAGAGUCGUUGUUGUUUUUUACUCUUUGUGUUUGUGUGUGUUUUUUUUCUGUUUUUGCAUGGAAUGCAGGUUUUCUUUCUUUAAGGCCAGUUGCUCUUGGCACCAUGGCUGAGGGGAAUAAAGCAAUAGAAAUAAAAAAUACAUUUUUCAGGGUAAAUUAUGGUUUUAUGAUAUUUUUUAUUAGAUGCAACAAACUGGUUCAAUAUCAAUGAAGGUGAUAUGCCACCCUGUGAGAGAAUGCCAUGUCAGAACAAUGGAGUGUGUAUCCCACAUGAAGAUAAUGUGCAUGAUUACAGCUGUAAUUGCACAAAAGGAUACACUGGAAAGAACUGCGAAACUCAUUCUGCUUGUGAAUCUGAAAACUGUAAUGGAGGAGAAUGCAUAGCAAAGGACUCCAAUCCUAAAGAAUUCAUUUGUCUUUGUCCUUUGGGCAGAGUUGGAGUCCAGUGUGAAACAGGUAGGCUGUCACUGUUAAUUAAAUAUCCCGCAUACUGAUCUGGUGAGUGUAGUCCUGAAUAGGAGUGCUGUUUUUAAUGAUUGGCGUGUCACUAACUACUCAGUAGUCAUCAUCAGGGUCAAAUUGGGUUGUCUAACAUUUGAUGGUAAUAAGCUCUUGUUAUUUGCAACAUGAUUGGUAAAAAAUAACUUGCAUGUCAUUGGUUGUCUUGUCAGUUUAGCUGAUAUCAUUGGCAGCUGUGGAGACCCUAAAAUAAUGUGUGUUGUAUUUCAGGUUGUCUUCUAAUAUAUUACAGUUGAUCAUUGUAUCAAUAAAUUAAUAGUCAGGUUUUUUUUUUCAGUCAAUAAAUGAUUUGUAAGGAACUGGUAAUGGCCUUUUUUCAGAACUUUCCCAUGUUGAUUUGACUCAUUUUACAUUUGUGAUUAUUUUUCUAACUAAUGCACAUUUUAUUUUCAGUCAUCAGCAUUUCAGUUCCAUUGUUCACCAUUGUCCAAAGUUUCCCAUCAUUUUUGGAGUACCCCGUCCCCAAGGAUGCAGUUCGAAGCUUUCAUGUGACCUUUCUGUUCAGAGUAGAUAAUUCAUCACCAUCUUGGAAUGACAGCUUGUUGGUUUACAGCGCACAAAAUAAAUUUGAAGGUAGUGGAGAUGAUUUCUUUGCCAUUGGACUGAAAAACAACAUGGUCUUGCUGCAGUACAACCUUGGUAGUGGAAUUGCACGUAUUUCUAGUGAGCCCCUUGACACAGCUAAAGAUUGGCAUUUGGUGGUAGCAGGGCGUGAUGAUCGUGAUGGGUACCUUUAUGUUGAUGAUCAGCCACGCAAAGAGGGCAGGUCUGUUGGCCCCCUCGUCGGACUCAACUUGUUUGAGCCACUUUAUAUUGGUGGUGUCCCAGAUAUACGGCAGCUGCCAAGUGUUCUUGACUUCAAAAGUGGAGGAUUUCACGGU